AUGCUCUCCAGGUCUACCCAGUGUCUGUGGAUUACAUUUUGCCUUCAUGUAUGCUGUUAUGUAGACAGCGGAGACGCACAGAACGCGAAGGAAGUGAUUCUGCUGGACUCCAAGGCACAGCAGACAGAACUGGAGUGGAUCUCCUAUCCUCCCAAUGGGUGGGAAGAGAUCAGCGGCUUGGACGAGAACUACACGCCCAUCCGCACGUACCAGGUGUGCCAAGUCAUGGAGCCAAAUCAGAAUAACUGGCUUCGGACUAACUGGAUAGAGAAGGGCACUGCCCAGAGAAUUUUUGUGGAACUGAAGUUCACCUUGAGGGAUUGUAACAGCCUGCCCGGUGUGGUGGGCACUUGCAAGGAGACAUUCAACCUGUAUUAUCAGGAGACGGAUUCGGAGAUGGGCCGGAGCCUGCGGGAGAACCAGUACGUGAAGAUCGACACGAUCGCCGCGGACGAGAGCUUCACCCAGGGCGACCUGGGCGAGCGGAAGAUGAAGCUAAACACAGAGGUGCGCAUCAUCGGCCCCCUGUCCAGGCGGGGCUUCUACCUGGCCUUCCAGGACGUGGGGGCGUGCAUCGCCCUGGUCUCUGUCAAGGUCUACUACAAGAAGUGUUGGUCCAUCAUCGAGAACCUGGCCACGUUCCCGGACACCGUGACGGGGUCUGAGUUCUCCUCCCUGGUGGAGGUGGAGGGCGCGUGUGUGAGCGAUGCCGAGGAGGAAGCCGAAAACUCUCCCAAGAUGCACUGCAGCGCCGAAGGGGAGUGGCUCGUGCCCAUAGGGAAAUGUAUAUGCAGGGCUGGGUUUCACCAGAAAGGGGACGCUUGUGAACCAUGCGGACGUGGUUUCUACAAGUCCUCCUCCCAGGACCUUCAGUGCUCUCGCUGUCCAGCGCACAGCUUCAACGACCGCGAGGGCUCCUGGCGCUGCGACUGCGAGGACGGUUACUACCGAGCGCUCUCUGACCCUCCAUCUGUGGCCUGCACCAGACCUCCCUCCGCGCCACAGAACCUGGUCUACAACAUCAACCAGACCACCGUCAGCCUGGAGUGGAGCCUGCCGGCUGACACGGGCGGCCGCAACGACGUCACCUACAGGGUCAUAUGCCGACGCUGCAGCUGGGAACCCGAGGAGUGUGUCCCGUGUGGGCCGAAUGUGGGAUACUCUCCUGCGCAGUCGGGAUUAGUGGACACAUACGUGAGCAUCGUGGAUCUGCUCGCCCACGCCAACUACACUUUUGAGGUGGAGGCUGUCAACGGGGUGUCGGACCUGAGCCGCACGCAAAGGCUGUUUGCGGCUGUCAGCAUUGCUACCGGACAAGCAGCUCCGUCCCAGGUCAGCGAGGUCAUCAAGGAGAAAGUGCAGCAGCGCAGCAUCCAGCUGUCCUGGCAGGAGCCCCAGCAACCCAACGGCGUCAUCACGGAGUACGAAAUCAAAUACUACGAAAAGGAUCAGAAGGACCGGGUCUACUCAACGGUGAGGUCCAAGUCCACAUCAGCCACAGUGAACAACCUGAAGCCCAGCACAGCCUACGUGUUCCAGAUCAGGGCCUUCACAGAGGCCGGAUACGGAACCUACGGCCCCAGACUAGAGAUAACCACUAAGGAGGAGGCCACAGCGGCGAUCGUCUCCAGCGAGCAGAACCCCGUCAUCAUCAUAGCGGUGGUGGCCGUGGCGGGGACCAUCAUCCUGGUGUUCAUGGUGUUCGGCUUCAUCAUCGGGAGAAGGUACGCUCUCGCGGGCCCCAUUGACUCUCCGCUCCUGCACUGCGGGUACAGCAAAGCAGAUCAGGAGGGAGACGAGGAGCUCUACUUCCAGUUUAAAUUUCCAGGCACCAAGACCUACAUUGACCCUGAGACCUACGAGGACCCCAACAGGGCCGUCCAUCAGUUUGCCAAGGAGCUGGACGCCUCCUGCAUCAAAAUUGAACGGGUUAUCGGAGCAGGAGAAUUCGGGGAGGUGUGCAGCGGCCGGCUCAAGCUGCCCGGGAAGCGGGACGCGUCGGUCGCCAUCAAGACACUGAAAGUGGGCUACACGGAGAAGCAGAGGCGGGACUUCCUGUGCGAGGCGAGCAUCAUGGGCCAGUUCGACCAUCCCAACGUGGUGCAUCUGGAGGGAGUCGUGACGAGAGGGAAGCCCGUGAUGAUUGUCAUCGAGUACAUGGAGAACGGCUCAUUAGAUGGUUUCCUCAGGAAACACGAUGGCCAGUUCACAGUCAUCCAGUUGGUGGGGAUGCUGCGGGGCAUAGCGGCGGGAAUGAGAUACCUCUCCGACAUGGGAUACGUCCAUCGGGAUCUGGCUGCGCGAAACAUCCUUGUCAACAGCAAUCUCGUAUGUAAAGUGUCCGACUUCGGCCUGUCAAGGGUGAUCGACGACGAUCCCGAGGCUGUCUACACAACAACUGGGAAGAUGCAGGAUAUAAUGAAUUUGAUCUUUACUCCAACCACUGACCUGCGUUUUACUGAACAGGGCGGCAAAAUACCCGUCCGAUGGACCGCACCAGAAGCCAUACAGUAUCGCAAAUUCACCUCUGCAAGUGACGUGUGGAGUUAUGGCAUUGUCAUGUGGGAGGUCAUGUCCUAUGGGGAACGGCCCUACUGGGAUAUGUCCAAUCAAGAUGUCAUAAAGGCAAUAGAGGAAGGCUACCGUCUUCCAGCCCCAAUGGACUGUCCACCAGGCCUGCAUCAGCUAAUGCUGGACUGCUGGCAGAAAGACAGAGCCGAACGUCCCAAAUUCGAUCAGAUAGUUGGCAUCCUUGACAAGAUGAUCCGCAACCCUAACACAUUGAAAACCCCAGCGGGAACAUGUACAAGACCAAUUAGUCCACUGUUGGAUCAGAGCACACCAGACUUCACCGCUUUCCGCUCAGUGGGAGAGUGGCUGGAAGCCAUCAAGAUGGAGCGAUACAGAGACAACUUCACAGCGGCUGGCUACAGUUCCCUGGAAUCUGUGGCCAGGAUGUCAAUCGAGGACGUGAUGAGCUUGGGGAUCACGCUGGUGGGCCAUCAGAAAAAGAUCAUGAGCAGCAUACAGACUAUGAGAGCCCAGAUGCUGCACCUUCACGGCACGGGUGUCCAGGUGUGA